AUGUAUCUGAGUGGGUCGCGCGCUAUGAACAUCCGACCAGUUGGUGCUUGGUGGUGUGAGUACGACACAACUCGACAGUCGACCAUCGACCAGUCGACUAUCGGACCAGCUGGGUGCCGCUCGUCCUCACCCCAACACUCUAUCGCUAAAUACCCACGCGCCGUGCGUAUGCGCAUGAUACUCAACAAUCACCGUCCCGCUAAUGGCUACAAUCGAGUUAUUAAAGAAAAGUGCUUCGCGAAAUCGCACAACAUCUUAAUAUGUUUGCACAAACCGAGCGAAAGCGGUUAA